UUUCCCGGAAAAUUUUCUUCAUGGGCAGCCUUAAAUAUUCAUCGAAUCAAACGGGUUUGCGUUAUAAUCCCGCAACAUGCCGCCGUUGACUCUGCCUUGGCUUCUUGUUAUUGGUUCAUAGAUAUGACGCUUAAAUGUGGUUCUUCGUUUUCUUGCUUGGCCACUUCUCCUGCUUCCCAUUGCCAAACGAGAAGGGGUUCCCAGUUGAGCUUAUUGCAUGUACCGUACUGCAGCCAACGAUGUGGUGCUCAGCAGCUAAGAUAUGUUAAAGGUAAUUCAUGUGUGUUCAGACAUCAAAUAGGGCAGGCAAGCAAAAGGAUUCCAAACAGUCACAGUGUUCUCUUUGCUGUUGCUGAAGACCAGUCAGAAUAUAGUGAUAUAAAACCAGAUGCUACGGAGCCAGAAAAUCACUGUCCUAAUUCUGAAGAUAUAUUUCCUUCUAACAGUUCAUAUAUCCAUUUUGAUGGUACUGGUGGAAAACCAGGUUUAGUCUCAUUUUAUAACCGUCCACAUAAAAAGGAAGAAGAAGUUUCUACAAAUAAUCCAGAAAGGAACCAAAACAGCCUCUUAUGGUUCAUUGGUCCAGCUGUUCUCCUAGCUUCUUUCAUUUUCCCCUCGCUCUAUCUGCGCAAAAUACUAUCUACUAUAUUUGAGGAUUCACUGUUGACAGAUUUUCUCAUCUUGUUCUUCACGGAAGCUCUCUUCUACAGUGGUGUUGCGGUGUUUCUUCUUCUGAUUGACCGUUUAAGGAGGACAACUGAACCAGAAUUGAUUGUCCCCAGUAACAGAACCCCAGCCCCUCAAUUAGGACAGCGAAUCUCGUCUGUUGCUUCCUUGGUACUCAGUCUUAUAAUUCCUAUGGUGACUAUGGGUUAUGUUUGGCCAUGGACUGGCCCUGCAGCUUCUGCUACUCUUGCUCCGUAUCUGGUUGGUAUAGUGGUCCAAUUUGCAUUUGAGCAGUAUGCAAGAUAUAAGAAGUCACCUUCGUGGCCUGUUAUCCCAGUCAUCUUUCAAGUCUAUAGAUUGCAUCAACUGAAUAGAGCAGCGCAACUGGUGACUGCUCUGUCCUUUACAGUCAGAGGAGCUGAGACGACAUCGCACAACUUGGCAAUAAACAGUUCCUUGGGUACACUGUUGAAUGUCCUUCAAUGCCUUGGAGUUAUCUGCAUUUGGUCUCUCUCAAGUUUCCUUAUGAGGUUCUUCUCUUCCACCACCACUAAUCCACCCUAAAGCCUGCAAUAUCAUGUACGGAUCAUGUAACUCGGUGAAUUGUAAAUUACUCUACAUCCACGAGUUUUGGAAUGAGUUGGAGCUUGUAGCCAAGCUUCAGCAUACCAAUCUUGUUGGGCUCUUGGGUUGCUGUGUCGAAGAGGAGGAGCUGCUACUGAUCUGCGAGUACAUGCCCAAUCGGAGUUUGGACAAACUUUUGUUUGGUAUAUCCUCAUUAUUUCUAAGAUUUAUAUUCUUUGAUUAGGUUUCUCCAUCGAAAAAACACUAGCUCAUUGUCCUUCAUGGUUUGUCCAACCAGAUCCAUGUGAAAAAAUAGAACUAGAUUGGGGAAAGCGUUUUUGAAUUAUAGGUGUCGCUCAAGGAGUACUUUACAUCCACAAGUACUCUAGACUGAAAAUCAUUCACAGGGACCUAAAAGCAAGUAAUGUUUUGUUGGAUGGCUCGAUGAACCCAGAAAUAUCAAACUUGGAAUGGCAAAGAUUUUCAAGAUAAAUCAGACCGAAGCAAAUACCAAUAGGGUUGUUGGCACAUUGUAAGGCUAUAUGGAACAUGCUUUCAAUCAUCUAAACCUUAUGCAAUCACUACUUUAGUACCUUUGCUUAUCGUACCAUUAAUUGAUGCAA